GCAUCCUUAUAUUUGUGUAUUUUUAUUACAGGCCGGAAGAUUUGCUACGCAGACUACAAACAUCCUUGUUAUAAAAUUGCUUACUUUCAAGACUUAACUGCACGAGUUGGCUACCAUCAUGCUCAUCAGGUUUGCAGUGGAGAAGGAGGCCAUCUUUUAAGCAUUGAAAGUGAAGCUGAACAAAAACUGAUUGAGAGAAUGUUGCAAAAUCUGACUAACUCAGGAUCUGGAAAGUCAGACGGGGACUUUUGGAUUGGGCUGUCACGGAACAUGGAAUCCAUGGCAACUUCAGGAGCCUGUCCAGACUUUUACAAGUGGGCUGAUGGUAGCACUGCACUGUUCAGGAACUGGUAUGCAGAUGAACCAUCAUGUGGCAGUGAAGGGUGUGUGGUCAUGUACCACCAGCCGACUGCUAAUCCUGGAAUAGGAGGACCAUACAUGUACCAGUGGAAUGAUGACCGGUGCAACAUGAAGCACAAUUUUAUAUGCAAAUACCCACCAGGUAGGUGGAAUACAAUCAUUUCCUGUCUAAUAUAA